GUCAAAAUAGCUUUACGCUUUGUGAUCUGAAGACUUUAAUGUGGAUAACUCGGUGAUGUCCAUGUAAUUUAUUAUUCGUAUUUUGCAUUUGUGGAGGCGCGCGGGUAACACUUCUUUCCGGGCAGGUGAAACGCUCGGACUGUGCGUUGCGGUGAGGGCUAGGCUUAUGUUUCUGAGUAGCCUACUAGCUGUCUUCACAUAUGAAAAGAGCAAACUACUGGACCCAAGACCAAGGACAAAGCGUACUGAUCAAGUAUGCGCUUAAUUGGAGUACACGGGCGAGGUGUCCCUUGCAUCAUCGACGGGAUUACAUUUUCGUAAUGUACAAUAAUUCGGCUGUCGAUUCCACCUUCAAAAACCUGGAUUAUGUUUCCGAAGUUGUCAAUGGCACUCUGGAGCUUUUGUAUAAUGUAUCCGUCAACACCAGUAAUACAGCUACGUGCGGGGAGCCACUACUAGAUUUCGGUAGUGGAGAGAAAAUAAUUAUUGGAGUGAUGCUGGCUAUCAUAACAGCGGUCACAGUGAUGGGAAAUACAUUGGUUGUCAUAGCAGUUUGUGUGGUGAAAAAAUUAAGACAACCAUCAAACUACCUUCUUGUAUCCCUGGCCGUGGCGGACCUCUCCGUGGCCAUAGUUGUCAUGCCCUUUGUUAUAGUGACAGACCUAACUGGGGGCAAGUGGCUUUUUGGAGAGGUGUUUUGCAACAUCUUCAUUGGUAUGGAUGUAAUGUGCUGUACUGCCUCGAUCAUGACACUCUGCGUGAUCAGCGUUGACAGGUAUCUGGGGAUCACUCGGCCCCUCACUUACCCAGCUAGGCAGAAUGGCCAGCUGAUGGCUAAGAUGAUCCUGGGGGUGUGGUUGGUGUCUGCCUCCAUCACCCUACCCCCUUUCUGCGGCUGGGCCACGAAUGUCCACACAGGUGAUGUGUGCCUCAUUAGCCAAGACUUUGGCUACACCAUCUAUUCCACGGCCGUGGCAUUCUACAUCCCCAUGCUCGUCAUGCUUUUCAUGUACUACAAGAUCUUCAGGGCCGCCCGCAAGAGCGGCCUCAAGCACCGCUUCACCGACUUCGCCCGUCGCGAGCGUCUGGAAACGGUGGCCAGCGAGGCACUAAAGAUGCAGGGCUUAAAGCCGCAGGGUGUGGCUGAAGAAUGUGCGGUGCUAUCCCGCCUGCUGACCCACGAGCGCCGUAACAUCUCCAUCUUCAAGAGGGAGCAGAAGGCGGCCACUACGCUGGGGGUGAUUGUGGGCGUGUUCACCGUCUGCUGGUUGCCCUUCUUCAUCCUGUCCACGGCCAGGCCCUUCAUCUGCGGGGUGGAGUGUAGCUGCGUCCCCAUCUGGCUGGAGAGGUUCCUUCUGUGGUUGGGCUAUGCUAACUCCCUAAUGAACCCCUUCAUAUAUGCUUUUUUCAACCGGGACCUGCGCUCCACCUACAAAGACCUGCUGCGAUGCCGUUACCGCAACAUCAACCGACGCCUGUCUGCUGUGGGCGUGCAUGAAGCGCUCAAAUUGUAGGAGGAAGAUGACAUUGGAGGAAGACAAUUUGGAGUCCCAAAAGCAUCCAAGGAAUUUCUGAUGCGGUCUUCAUUGCAAAGGCUACUGGAAGGUAUGGUCUCUGUAGUUUUAUAAUAGGCUCAGACAAAUGACCUGUGACCUGUAGCUGUAGAUAAAGACAGAGACAGACUGUUAAGUUGUCUCCAACCCCCCCGGUGGAGGCAAAAAGACAAGGCCAUCACUUACUUUUGGGUCUGUGUGACUCACUAUGUCAUUCUAUUUUGGAACUCAAAACCAUGGGCCGUAUUUGAUGGGCUAUUCAAGUUGACACUGGCUUUAUGCAUAUGCUACUAUUCAGUCCUGACUUCAUAUUCAUGUCAAGCGGAUGAUGCACUGACUGGGGAAAGGACAGGGGUAUCCAGGCGAUAAUACUGGGUCAUUUGAAAACAUGGUUUGCAAAUGGAUUUCUGCCAGAUUAUAUUUGUACCAAUAACUACUGACCAUUGCAGGUCGCAGAAUUUUUAUUUAUGUAACAUGUCACCUUGUCAGUACAAUAGAUGACAAUGGUGAACAUCUGGAAGUGGUUUGUGUGUGGAUUAUGUGGAGAUAGGUUUUAUCUGUUCAACAAAAAAAAAUACAGAACAGAAGGCAUCCUUUUUGUUUGUCAGGUUAUUUUCAGAGAUGUUUUCGUCCCAGUACCUCACAGUCAUUUUAUUUAAUAGAUUGAUCAGCAUCACUUAAAACUCCCAUCCAGUCUUUGCAAUUUUAUUUUGAAAUCACCACGUAUGUCUAAUAAAUCACUGUGUGGUCAUUUAAUGAAUGUACCCUCAAAAUGUGUGUUUUCAUCAUUUAUUUUCCUGAGCCUCUUUUGGUCCUUCAAAUGCUCAGUCUGAUCUUGUGAAUGUUAUAAAACCAAAAAUAAAUAUAUUGGCAUACGUAGCGCAGAUUUACUAAUUAGAUGGUUUAGAGCCAAUACCCUUAUUCAGACAAACUGUAUUUUGACAUAAUUGCAAACUAUGAACAAGAUAGUUUGCAAUUAUGGAUGAGUUCAAUCAUCAAUUUCUUUAUGAUUUAACUCAUACAAAGUGGGAACCCCUCUGCAGCUUUGUAAUUGUUAUGGGAAAGCAGAGUGCGAUAACUCCACAUAGAUCAGACAUCUAUCCAGGUGGGGAAAACCAACUUGAGACAAUGGUGAGUGCAGUUACAUUUUCAUAGACCGACGGUUUACUAAUGUGUUGAACUGUAGAUUAGGGUAGUAGAUGGAUGGUUAAGAUGCUGUGAUUCCAUUGUGAAUUUGUGUGGAGACAAAUAUUAUUUUCAAUGUGUUCUGACAACUGCCACAUCAACGGUGCUGCCACUUUCUUGUUUUUAAGGUUUUAAGCUUUCCCAAAUCCUAACCUUUACAUUAAUAAUGUGGAAUUAAUACCGAACUAUAAUCAAAAAAGGGUAAUCCACCCCCAGUAAACACUAAUCAUGAAACCCCUCUCAAUUGCCCGAUAGCCUUCAUUAUAUCAGUGGAUGAAAUAUAUAUAUUUUUUUCAAAUGUCAACAUUAAGAAAUCCCAAUUUUUUAAUGUCCAUCUUCACAACUCUACAAAAAGACUGGAAGGUCAUGAUGGAUCCUCCAGUACACAUCUUGCCAAGCCAUUGUUCCUCUUAUCACACUGAUUGCUCAACCAAAACGUUUGAGCGACCACAAACCAAUAGCUGUUCACUCAUAUCCUGGACAACAACCACGGAUGAGCUCGCAGGCACCCAACCUCCCACCAAGACUCAUAAGAUCAUGAUGAGACAGCGCAGGCCAGUCCAACAUCCCCCCACUCAUCAAGGGUUAGGCUGAGAGGAUUCUGCGCUGCCUACUGCUGGACCCAUGAUAGCCCCGGGCAUCAUUGUUACGUUGAGACCGGGAUUCGAACACUUGGCUUCAAUGACAUAGUUAUUCUGACAGGCAGUGAAUAAAACCACUGUGUCACAGUAAAGCAAUUAUCUCCAUGAUUUGAAUUCUAAAAUGUGUGUCUGUCCAACCAAGAAAUUGUGUAGCGGUGGUUCUAUGCUAUAUCAUCUUUAAAACAAUUACCCGAAUUCCAGAGCAGUUCCCACGCAGUUCCCACAUCUCUUUUACUGUCUACUUGCUUCCAGACAUGCAAGGCUCCUUGCAUGUUGCCAUAGCAACCUGGUUCACACAGCUUUGAGCUAGAUAUGCAGUCUCUACCAGGAUAAAAUUAGUUGAACGAUUUUAACCUCUUAUUUUACUAUUCAGUUCAUUCAUGCUGUUUAUGUCUACUGUCACGACAUCUAACUCUUUUGGGAUUCAUUGUUUAGUGGGGUCUGCAUGAAUUCCACAUUUGUCAGACAUGCUAUGCAUUAUCCAUGGAGAAGAGAAAUCCAGUUCAGAGUAAAUCUAACAUAGUUCAACAGCACAGUGGUUCAUACUUCACCCAACAACACUUAGGUACGUACUGUAAGUGCAAUACAUGUAGAAGGUAAUGACAGAUCUGAAACAUUGAGGGCAUGAAGAUCUUUCUGAGGUGACUUUUCACCAAAUAAAUAAAAAAGUUAGCUGCUGGUUACAGAAUUUCCCCUACACUCUGCAAAUAUAUCCUAUAGGAUAUUUCUACAUAAACUGUGUGGGACUCUUGUAAGUUGUUUGAUGAAAGGGUUUUCAAAUUACCCCUUCUCAAUGGUUCCUCAAAGACCCAUCUGAAAAACCUUUUGAGGUAGAUUAGUAUGUUCUUCAUAUAGUUAAUUCAGUAAAUAGUAGUUAGUUAUUAGAAGUAACUAUUAUUAAUAGUUA